UGUUUGUAUGUUGGAAAAGGGAAGCGCGUGAUUGGGAGUUGCGAGUCGUCAACGUCAUCGUACUCGUCGUCAUCUUCUCUCUUCUGGUCUUGCAUUUCGUUUCUCUCGGAAGGGUUAAUUAUCUGCGUGUUUUCCAAAGACUAAUAAGAUGAACAAAAGUCUGGAGACGUUGUUGAUCUGAAAAAAAAAAAGAAAAAAAAAACGACAUUAUAUUUCGUAUCUGUUCCAUUGCUGCUGCUGCUGCUGCAAUGGGCUAUUGCCCCUGUUUCGGUUUGAGGAAGGGCAAGAAGCUCAAGCGCGGCGAAGACGACGACGUUCACAAAACCCCUUCUUCCGACAAUGCCACGCCUCAAUUGUCUUCUGCUCAAGAAGAUGGAACUAAUGAUCCUACUAAGGCACAGACAUUCACCUUUCGUGAACUUGCAACUGCAACCAAAAAUUUUAGGGCGGAAUGCUUUAUUGGGGAAGGUGGAUUUGGGCCUGUAUACAAAGGGAAAUUGAGUUCUGGUCGAGUUGUAGCUGUAAAGAAACUAGAUCAGACAGGUCUUCAAGGAGACAAGGAGUUUCUGGUGGAGGUUCUAAUGCUUUCUCUUCUGCGUCACCCAAACCUUGUAAGUUUAAUUGGUUACUGUGCUGAAGGGGAGCAGCGCCUGCUUGUCUAUGAAUACAUGCCCUUAGGGUCCUUGGCAGACCAUCUCCAUGAUCUUAGACCUGAUAAAGAACCACUUGAUUGGAACACAAGGAUGAUGAUAGCUGCUGGUGCAGCCAAAGGGUUGGAAUAUCUUCACCAUGAUGCUGAACCACCUGUCAUAUACAGGGAUGUAAAAUCAGCCAACAUUUUGUUGGGGGAGGAUUUUUUCCCGAAACUUUCUGAUUUUGGGCUUGCAAAGUUUGGUCCUACUGGAGAUAGAUCGCAUGUCUCCACCAGGGUCAUGGGAACUCAUGGUUACUGUGCUCCUGAGUAUGCUAAAAGUGGAAAGUUGACAGCAAAAUCGGAUAUCUACAGUUUUGGGGUAGUCUUGCUGGAGUUGCUUACAGGACAUAAGGCCGUUGAUAGUACUCUUGGUCGUGAAAAACAGCUUGUUGAGUGGGCACGUCCUUUUAUGAAAGAUCCCAAGAAGCUUACCAUGCAAUUUGCAGAUCCAUAUCUUAGAGGGCAGUUUCCAGUACAUAUCUUGAGAAACGCAUUAGAAGUGGCUUCCAUGUGUCUAAGAGAGGAUGCUUCUGCCCGACCGACCAUGAGGGAUGUGGUACUUGCCUUGAAUUACUUGACAACCCAUCCAUAUAAUGAACCAAAGGUGUUGAGCAUCAGCACUGAGCGGGUUGAAGGAAUAAAGAGUUUGAAUGCUUCAGGGAAUAACUCUCCUAAUGAAACGACAUGUAUGUUAAACAAGAACUUGGACAGAGAAAAAGCUGUUGCAGAGGCCAAGAUGUGGGGAGAGACUUGGAGAGACAAGCGUGGUGCACAAAAUAGUCGUCAUGAUGCCUUUAGUCUUUAGAUUACCUCUCUAUUGUGCUUCCGAUCCAAUGCCUGGUCUUUCCCCCACCAUAUGGUAUCUAUCAAAGUACAGAUUUUUCUUUCCUUGCAGAAAGAACCUGGAAUGUUAGCUUCAGUUGGAAAGAGACUUUUUUAUUUUAUCUUUGUAAAUGUUUUCCUUGAGUAGCUGGUGAACUCAGCACAGACAAUAGAGUUAAUAAAAUAAUCCAAGUUAGAGUUGCAAAGAUUGAUGGGAAGAUGGUAUAGUGGAGGGUCAGCAUAAAUCCAUCUUUCGUUGCUAAUA